CGACGGCGAUGGCGACGACGGCGACGGCGAUGGCGACGACGGCGACGUCGGCAGCAGCAGAAAACGUGUCGGCGAGACCGAAAACGGUCUCGCGGCAUACUCAGACGCCGGAGAUCUUCAUAAAUCGAAUAGUACAAGAGGAGGUACAACGUAUUCUCUGGCAGAAGCAGAGGCGGCAGCGGAAUAAGUGGGCUAGGCAGCGGCCUUAUAAUUAUCACGAUCGGGAUACGGUGGCCGCUCCACCCGCGGUGGCCACUCCAUCCGCAGAGGCCACUCCGCCCGCUCCUCCCGCUCCUCCCGCUCCUCCCGCUCCGCCCGUUCCGCCCGCUCCACCUGCUACACCCGCUCCAGUAUCAACUGUGCCACCGGGAUACGUCCCCGCAUUAUAUAAUCCGGCGUCGUCCGUGCCAUUGGGGUACGUUGCACCGUCGACCGUCCCCCCAGGGUACGUCCUGGCUUCAUCCGUGCCGCCGGGAUAUGUUCCGGCAUUAUCCAUGCCAUCGGGGUACGUUGCGACAUCGUCCGUCCCCCCAGUGUACGUCCCGGCUUCGUCCGUGCCGCCGGGAUAUGUUCCGUCGUCGUCCGUGCCAGCGGGGUACGUUGCGACAUCGUCCGUCCCUCCAGGGUACGUCCCGGCUUCGUCCGUGGCGCCGGGGUACGUUCCGGCAUUGCCGUCGUCAGCACCACCGGGAUACGUAAAAUAUCCAUGAUAAUUUACAAGAUAUAUACUUGUAUAACAUUUAUUAACAACUAUUGAAAAAAUAUAUGAAAAUAAAAUGUUUAAAAAAAUUUGUAU